UCUGAGGAGUUGGCCACAUUCAUUCCUGGCGUGUCUUUGGCCUGUGGGGACCUGGAUUCACCAGGGAGGACUCAGCUCGGGAAGCAUCGCUGACUCAGAAACUGCGGCACCCUGGGCUGCAGGCCUGGCUGCCCGGACCGACCCGGCCGGUAUCAGAAAUGAGAGGGGUGGGGUUGCCCUGGCAGAGAUGGCACUGGGCAGGCACUUGGGAGGUCCAGCCCACCCUGAGAGUUGCCAGGAAGCAGCCGGGGUCAGGGCUGGGCUCUAGGCUACAACAGUCUCUUCCUCCUGUCUGCUGGCCGCACGGCUCUGACCUAGUUCAAUACACUGUGGGGUCUGCCUGCCUUCAACCCCCAGGACCCCAGAAGGUGGCUCUGGGCACCCUGUCCCCAGCCUAGGUCUCCCCCCAUGGACACACUGGUACCCUGGAUAGUUCUCAUCCGACAGUGGUUCUGGGUGGAAGGUUCAUGACCUCUGGAAGGCUGGAGGUGGGGGGGCCCCCUUCCAGGCCCUGGACUGUCAUGGCCUUGUCAACCUGUGCCUCCAGCCUCCCCCAACACCCUGCUGAGGUCAGGCUUGUGCGCUCCAUCCUGCCGGGACCUUCUGGGGGCGGUCAGACAGGUCCUAUGGGAACCUGGAGGGCGCGGGCCCCGCCCACGGGGAGGGGCCCGCAGUGUCCACCUGCAGGCAGGUCUAGGGAUGGGUUCAGAACCCGCGCUGAAGUGGCAGCCUGAGGUUGGAGGCGCCACCAGGUCGGCCCGGAUGCCCUGCCCUCGGCCGCCCUGGCUCCGCCGCCCGCGGGCCCCCCGGGGCUCGGGCCCCAGCACCCCGGGCUCCGCGUGCACCCCGCGCUCCCCCGGUAGGGGAGAGGACGAGGACGAGGGCGGCGAAGAGGAGGCGGACGGCAGCCCGGGCCCCAUGCUGGCCCCCGCCUCCCCGGUGGAGUGCCUCAUCUGCGUGUCGCCCUUCGACAGCGUGUUCAAGCUGCCCAAGAGCCUGGACUGCGGCCACGUCUUCUGCCUCGAGUGCCUGGCCCGCCUGUCGCUGGCCACGGCGGGCGGCGGCGCGGCGGUGGCCUGCCCGGUGUGCCGCGCGCCCACGCGCCUGGCCCCGCGCCGCGGGCUCCCCGCGCUGCCCACGCAGCUCGGCCUGCUCCCCGGCCCCGUGCGCGUCCCGCCGGCGCCCCCGGGCUCCGUGCGCUUCGACCGCCGGCGCGGCCUGCUCUACCUGCGGCCGCCGCCGCCCGGACCCGGGCCGCGCAAAGCCCGCGCGCCGCCGCCGCCGCCGCCGUUGCGCCUCGGCCGCCCGCUGUCACGCCGCCUGUCGCUGGCGCGCUCGGCCUGGCUCUUCCACGCGGCCGUCGUCCUGGCCGUGCUGGUGGCCGCGGGGCUGGUGGUCUCGGGCGUCUACAUCUUCUUCCUCAUCCCGCGCGCCACCACCGCCCACCCCGCGCGGCCCCAGCUCGUGGCGCUCGCCCCGGCUCCCGGCCUCUCCUGGUUCCCGCCUCGGCCCACCGCCCCAGCGCUCCGGACCCCCGGCAGGACGCCGCGCCCCGCGAGCCCCGACGCGGACUGGAGCCCCGGCCCGGACUCGGGCCCCGACCCGGACUGGAGCCCCGGCCCGGACUCGGGCCCCGACCCGGACGCCGUCCCACCCGGGGCUUCGGAGCCCGAGGGGCUCCCCAAGGACACGGAGACACCUGCUGGGCCCUCGGAGCGCGCGGGGGGCGGGGUGGAGGCUGGCCCUGACCGGACCCCGCGGGCACGGGGCGCCGGGGCCCCGGGGUCGUCCUGAGGCUCCCCGUGAUCCCCGUGGAGACCUUGGCGGGCGCGGGGCAAGGGCGCCCUGCUCCAGCGAGGCCCGGCGGCUCAUUCCGGGCGUCCUCAGGAGGCAGGGACCCUCCCAAGGAACAGCCCCGACUGCAGUGCCCGUGGGCCACCGCUGGAGGAGUCCCGUGGAUGUCGAGGCCCCGCGAGGAGGCACUCAUCAACGGGCCAGGGGUGCCCUUGGUCCGCAUCUCUCCUGGGACUCCAGUCCCUGGGGCAGCAUCCCGCGGGGCCCUGCUAGGGGUACCCCCCGACCCUGAGCCUCAGAAGUGUCCCCCAAGUCAUCCUUGCCCCAGGAGAACUUUCAGCCCUGGCUGGCACCGGGGCUGCCUACUCUGAUUUGACUCAUCCUUUGGGCUUUUGCUGGGUCCCUGGCCACGUCUGCGAGUGGCCGGGACCAACCACCCUGUUCCUUCCCAGACUGGGUAGUUUGUUUUCCACUCUGCUGCCUGCAGGCUGGGCCUGGGUGGGAUCCAGUCGUCCCCACGCAAGGCCUGCGUGGUGGCCUUGCGCACCCAGCUGGGGCUGGGACCUGCCAGGGAGGGGCCUGGCCAGGCCUGCGGAUGGACAGACAGCCCGGGCCUCCCAGACGGACUUCCAUCUGGGCCCUGAACAGCAGCUUGCAGCGGGCCCUCGCUCCUGCUGUGGGGGGUGGCUUCUGGAGUUCUCUAGAAGCCUCCUCUUGUGAGGGCAGCUGUGGUCUGGCUCAGAGCGGCCAAGGUUGCCUGCAGGUCAGGCCAUGUCGGCGGGGAUCGCUCCCGACAUUCCUGGCCUGCCCCACGGGGUCCUGGCCCCUCUGCCCACCACGAGCCCCCAUCACCCGCAUCUCCACCCCCUGAAUGCUCAGGGUCAGUCCCUGCCUUCCUUCAGGGCUCCUUCAGCACCCUGUCAGCACUGAGGGCAAGGGGGCCUCUGCCCUCCCUGUGGACAGCAGCUUGCAGGGAGGAGGUCCUCCUCCUGGAAGCCUUCCUGAAUUAUCACAGUGGGGCAGACGGCAACUCCUCGCCACACAAACUGGACAAGGGCCUUCUGUCUCCCCCGCUUGCCCUGGGGCCCCUGUCUGCCUCAUGUCACCCAGCGCGGGCGAGCUGUGUGGCAGGGCGGCGUCCAGCGUUUUCCAGGGAGGAAUGUCACUUCUUUGGGGCUGGGGGCACCUGGUAGAUUGUUUACAUGUGUGUCCUCAGGACCUGGCACACAACGGGUGCCGAGUAGCUCUGUAGGGAGGGACGGCCCUGCAGGGACCGCUGCGGGCACCUCGGUUCACCCGGCUCCCGGCGUCCUCACCCGGGGGUGUCAGCAGAGCUGCUUCUGAUGGGAUCUGCUCCUUCGUCUGAGGGAGUGUCUUCCUGGACUAGUUCCUGUCCAACAUCUGGGCCAAUGAUGCCCGCAGGGGCCUGGACCGGGGUGCUACGUCACGGGGCAGGCCCGGCCAGCCCCACCGGGAGGAGACUGGUUGGGCAGGAGCAGGGCUGACUGGUGGUCUGUAUAGCUUUUCCCAGCUGCUACAACAAAUCACCACUGACUCAGUUCCUUAGAACAGCACAUGGUACUUAUCUUCCUCAUUCUCUUCCUCACUUUCCUGCUGCAAUUUUUCUGAAAAGGACACCAGGAUUGCACUGAGCUCACCCAGAUGAUCGAGGACAUCUCCAACUCCAUAUCCUUAAUUUCAUCACCUCUGUAAAGUCCAUCUUUACUGUUAAGUAACAGAUUCACAUUCUAGGUAUUGGGGGGGGGUGUUAUUCAGCUUUCACAGGGUCUCAAAUAUCUACCUCCUCAUCCCUCGCCUCCUCCACUACAGGCUGGGAAGAGUUGAGGUGGGGGCAUAGAAUGGGCAGAGAUGGGCCCAGCCGCAGAGGUGCUCAGAAAGGGGCCCUUGGCUGCCAGGUACACAGAAGAGGAAGAGACAAUGCUUUCUGCCUGAAGGUGCUCAAGGAAGGCUGCCUGGAGGAAUAGUACCUUCGAGAAUGCACUGAGUCAGGGGGACCUGAGGGAGGGAGCUGGUGACUGAGGGCAGCUGGCAGGGCUGGCUCCUCCUUGUGAAGCGGAGCAGGACCUUGCUCCCAGACCUUGUUCUCUGCCUGCCCUUUGCCUGUGGAUAACUCUAGUCCAAGAAGAAGUUUAAUCAGAGAAGUGAGAAACAAAGGAAAACAGUCUAAGGAGACUAAUAAUAAUGUAGUCAUUAAGUGUAUUCAAGGACCUCCAGUUCUUUCUCAUGGGCUAGAGAUAAUAUUUUGAGCCAUAUCCUGUGAGCUACCUUAUAGAUACCAAAACACCAGCUGGAGAAGUUGGUCACCAGGUACGUGAUGACUAAACUGUACCCAGGACUUGAGCUGCCACAAUUCUGAGAAUUGAUCGCAAAGAAUUGGGAACAAGAGCACCCAGGACUGAAAAACUGCACCUAAAACAACCAAGAUGAUGCUGGUCAGACCACUGAUGACCAACUUGAAGCGGACUGUUAAGGAUGACGGUGCUGUUUCUGCAUGUAGUCCCCCCCCAACUUUGUCUGUAAAAGCUCUCACUGCCUGUUUGUCAGAGGGGGGAGUUGGCCUUUGGACAGAUGGCUGCCACCCUCCCCGCCAGUUGCCAGCAUCUGAAAUAAAGCAAAUUUUCCUUUC